CAUCCCUACCGUCCCCCUGACAGCGCGGAACGCCUGCUUGGUGCAGCUCGCGCCCCAGAACCCUCCGUCCUCAUUCCCACUGCUUCCAGGCCGCCCGUAGCUUUCAUUGGCUCAUCUGUUGCCCGCUGCAGAAUGAAUCCUCCAGGUUCUACUUGAGGGUGUUUGGUUUUCAAGGCAAGGUUUCAAGGUUCUAAGGUUUCCAGCCAUAGAACUGCCAGCCAGUUCACGGGAGAGCUUUUUCUGAUCUAUGAAAAAUAUUUCUGUUUUCUGUUUCUCCCUGAAAUAGUUUGGUGGCUCCUUAACUUUUCUGACGCCUCUGCAUGACUUAGGGAUUAGUGUCAUCAUUGUCUCUUCUGGCAAAGAAACCAAAGUACAAACAGAUGAGCUUCGAUGGUCAGGUUAACCCCGCACAUCAAGAAUCCAGCCCAUCUAAUUUUCUUCUACUUUUUGGUUUUAUUUUAUUAAUAAGAAACGUGGUGAUUGUUAAAAAAAAAAAAUCAAACAGUCCAGAAAUUGAUAGAGUAGAAAAGUGAAAAGUCCCCUUUACCUCUCUCCACAAUGCUCCCUUUAAUCCACAAGAGAUUAACGAAAUAUAUUGUAUUACUAUGUUUCACUAAAUUUUUGAAGGCUGUGGGACUUUUUGAGUCAUAUGAUCUCCUAAAAGUAGUUCACAUAGUUCAGUUCAUUUUUAUAUUAAAACUUGGGACUGCACUUCUUAUGGUUUUGUUUCAAAAGCCAUUUUCUUCUGGAAAAAGUCUUAGCAAACACCAGUGGAUCAAAAUAUUUAAACAUGCAGUUGCUGGGUGUAUCAUUUCUCUCUUGUGGUUUUUUGGCCUUACUCUUUGUGGACCACUAAGGACUUUGCUGCUGUUUGAACACAGUGAUAUUGUUGUCAUCUCAUUACUCAGUGUUUUGUUCACUAGUUCUGGAGGAGGACCAGCCAAGACAAGGGGGGCUGCUUUUUUCAUUAUCGCUGUCAUCUGCCUAUUGCUUUUUGACAAUGAUGAUCUCAUGGCUAAAAUGGCUGAACACCCUGAAGGACAUCAUGACAGUGCUCUGACUCACAUGCUUUACACAGCCAUUGCCUUCCUAGGUGUGGCAGAUCACAAGGGUGGAGUUUUGUUGCUUGUACUGGCUUUGUGUUGUAAAGUUGGUUUUCAUACAGCUUCCAGAAAGCUCUCUAUAGAUGUUGGUGGAGCCAAACGUCUUCAAGCUUUAUCCCAUCUUGUUUCUGUGCUUCUCUUGUGCCCAUGGGUCAUUGUUCUUUCUAUAACAACGGAGAGUAAAGUUGAAUCUUGGUUUUCUCUCAUUAUGCCUUUCACAACGGUUAUCUUUUUUGUCAUGAUCCUGGAUUUCUAUGUCGAUUCCAUUUGUUCAGUCAAAAUGGAAGUUUCCAAAUGUGCCCGCUAUGGAUCCUUUCCCAUUUUUAUUAGCGCUCUACUUUUUGGAAACUUUUGGACACAUCCUAUAACAGACCAGCUUCGAGCUAUAAACAAAGCAGCACAUCAGGAGAGCACUGAACACGUCUUGUCUGGAGGAGUGGUAGUAAGCGCAAUAUUCUUCAUUUUGUCUGCCAACAUCUUAUCAUCUCCCUCUAAGAGAGGACAGAAAGGUACCCUAAUUGGAUAUUCUCCUGAAGGAACACCUCUUUAUCACUUCAUGGGUGAUGCUUUUCAGCAUAGCUCGCAAUCGAUCCCUAGAUUUAUUAAAGAAUCACUAAAACAAAUUCUUGAGGAGAAUGAUUCUAGGCAGAUCUUUUACUUCUUGUGCUUGAAUCUGCUUUUUACCUUUGUGGAAUUAUUCUAUGGCGUGUUAACCAAUAGUCUGGGUCUGAUCUCAGAUGGAUUUCAUAUGCUCUUUGACUGCUCUGCUUUGGUCAUGGGACUUUUUGCAGCUCUGAUGAGUAGAUGGAAAGCAACUCGAAUUUUCUCCUAUGGGUAUGGCCGAAUAGAAAUUCUUUCUGGAUUUAUUAAUGGACUUUUUCUAAUGGUAAUAGCUUUCUUUGUGUUUAUGGAGUCAGUGGCUAGAUUAAUUGAUCCACCAGAAUUGGACACACACAUGUUAACACCAGUCUCAGUUGGAGGACUGAUAGUAAACCUUAUUGGUAUCUGUGCCUUUAGCCAUGCCCAUAACCAUACCCAUGGAGCUUCUCAAGGAAGCUGUCACUCUGAUCACAGCCAUUCACACCAUAUGCAUGGACACAAUGACCAUGGGCAUGGUCACAGCCACGGAGCUGCAGGAGGAGGCAUGAAUGCAAACAUGAGAGGUGUAUUUCUACAUGUUUUAGCAGACACACUUGGCAGUAUUGGUGUGAUCGUAUCCACAAUUCUCAUAGAACAGUUUGGAUGGUUCAUUGCUGAUCCCCUCUGUUCUCUUUUUAUUGCUAUAUUAAUAUUCCUAAGUGUUGUUCCACUGAUUAAAGAUGCCUGUCAAGUUCUACUUCUGAGAUUGCCACCAGAAUGUGAAAAAGAACUACAUAUUGCUUUAGAAAAGAUACAAAAAAUUGAAGGAUUAAUAUCAUACCGAGACUCCCAUUUUUGGCGUCAUUCUGCCAAUAUUGUGGCAGGAACAAUUCAUAUACAGGUCACAUCUGAUGUGCUGGAACAAAGAAUAGUACAGCAGGUUACAGGAAUACUAAAAGAUGCUGGAGUAAACAACUUAACAAUUCAAGUGGAAAAAGAGGCAUACUUUCAACAUAUGUCUGGCCUGAGUACUGGAUUUCAUGAUGUUCUGGCAAUGACAAAACAAAUGGAGUCCAUGAAAUAUUACAAAGAUGGUACUUACAUCAUGUGAGAUAACUUGAGAAUUACACCUGGAAUAUGAACAAUGAAGACUAAUCGACCCAGUAUUUAUAAUAUUGCCAGGAGGAAGAAAAUUGCACAUAAUUGUACAGAAACAUUUUGCUAUAUGUGAAAAAAUUUUAACACUCCCUACCAUUGGAUCAGGAAUAUUUCUUAAAGGAAAUUAAAAUAUAGAAUGAAGCAUUCAUUGUACAAGUAAAAAAUUAUUUGAAUGAUGUGUAUAGUAAGAAUCUUAAAAUUUGAUGAACCUGAUGUAUUACAUCAUCUUUGAAAGUGAACAUAUAAUGAUGGAUUUUAGUGAAGACCAAAAUUACUUCUGUGUGUUUGCUUUGUUAGAAAGCACCUCCACUGUAAGUAAUGUAUUUACAUGUUUAUUACAAAGACCCAAAUGAAAAAUUUUUAGUAAAUUUUUGCAUAGUCCUAGAAUAAAAUAGGAAUAAAGGUUCUAUAUUUAUGGAUUUUCUGUAUAUAAAACUGGUUUCUAAUUAUAACUUAAAUCCAUUCAGUAAAUCUGUAUUGCCACUUUAAAUGUAAACUAAAUUAUUUGGGAGAAACUUCAACCACUGAUCUGAGAUAAGCAGUAAAAAUAGGGAAUUAUAAUAUUACAAUUUUUUAUGUAUUAUAAAUCCAACCACUCUGUAAAAUAAAUUUUUUUUUUACUUUUGGUAAUAUUUGCAAAUGAAUAAUUACUUUGUUAGGGUAAAGAACUUAUACUAAAAGUUGUGUCCAUGUUAUUCAUUUACCUUUCUCCUCUAAACCAGAAUAUUCCAUUUCUUGUUUUGUAUCUGGCAUUCCAAGUUACUUAUCAUGCUGGUAUCCAAGUAAUGCUGGGCUUUUCAUGUUUUCAUUUAGCUCCAUGUGUUAUAGAACAGUAAGUGGAAAAAUUCAGUAAUAAUUGCCAGAAUUGAAUUUUCUGCUUAAUAGAUGAACUCUUUUUAUUUUCUGGAACAUGUAGAUAUGUGAGAAAUAUCAAAGAAUAGGUAGUUACUGUAAAGUUUAGUGAGUAAAUCUUUUCUGGAGAUACUUGAGCACCGUAAAAUCAAGAUACUUAGCCUCUAACUACUUUAUGUAGUAAUAUCUAAUUUAUAUUUUUUCAUUUCCAUUUUACACUGAAUAUAUAGUCUGAAAGACUGAUAUAUAUAUAUAUAAUAUAUGCAGUUUUAUGAACACCAAAGAAUGUUGUUCCAAAAGAAACUUUUGAAUACCUAUUUAUAAGUAUCUGAGUAUUUUCAUUCUUUUUGAUAAGUAGGAUGAAUUCAUUUAGUAUGGGUACUAUUUUCUUGUCUAUACCAUAAUGACAAAAUGUAUUAUAAAUCAUAUUUUUGUCAUACCAGUUUUAAUAUGUGAGAGGUUUUAGAAGUUUGUUAUAAGUUAUUUUCUAUGCCUUGUCUUCUCUUACAUAUUUUCUGGUUCAAAAUCUUCAAUACAUAUUAAAAUUUUUGAGUGGUGGGAAAA